CUUUCAUCGUCUUCAUAACCCCCACCCUCCCCCAACUCCCCACCAAACGCCUCUUCUCAUUUUCUUCUCUUCUCUUUUCCUCUCCUUUUAAUGGCUGCUUCUUCUGGUACAGUGGACGCCUCAACCGUUUCUUCAUCUUUCUCUUUCUCAACCGCCCCCUCUUCAUUCAUGUCCACCUCCUUCACUGACCUCCUCGCUUCCGACGACUAUCCCUCCACCGCCGCCGGCGCCUCUGCGAGCAGAGGGCUCGCUGAUCGGAUAGCGGAGAGGACUGGGUCCGGUGUGCCCAAGUUUAAGUCUUUGCCUCCGCCGUCUCUGCCGCUCUCUCCGCCGUCCGUCUCGCCGUCCUCCUACUUCGCUUUUCCUCCUGGGUUGAGCCCCAGUGAGCUCCUCGAUUCCCCUGUUCUCCUUUCCUCCUCCAACAUUUUGCCAUCUCCAACAACUGGGACUUUUCCUGCUCUGAACUUCAACUGGAAGAAUGAUUCUAACACAACCCAGGAAGAUGUUAAGCAAGAAGAUAAAGGAUACCCAGAUUUCUCUUUCCAGACCAACUCUGUUUCAAUGCAGACAUUGAAUUAUGAAGAUUCAAAGAGGAAAGAUGGGCUAUCAUCAGAAAAGACAGUUUCUGAAUUCAAUUCUCUGCAGCAGAGCCUUCCCCCUGUGACUACUUCCACUCAGAUGAGCUCUCAAAACUACUCUGAGUAUAAUCAGUGCUGCCCGCCAUCCCAGACGUUGAGGGAGCAGAGGCGAUCUGACGAUGGGUACAAUUGGAGGAAAUACGGGCAGAAACAGGUGAAGGGAAGCGAGAAUCCCAGAAGUUAUUACAAGUGUACUCACCCCAAUUGCCCCACGAAGAAGAAGGUCGAGAGGGCUUUGGAUGGGCAGAUUACCGAGAUUGUCUACAAAGGAGCUCACAAUCACCCGAAGCCUCAGUCUACUAGGAGAUCCUCGUCCUCUACAGCUUCCUCGGCUUCAACCUUAGCUGCCCAGUCUUAUAAUGCGCCCGCUAGUGAAGUCCCGGAUCAGUCGUAUUGGUCUAAUGGUAAUGGGCAGAUGGAUUCUGUUGCGACGCCAGAGAAUUCUUCGAUCUCCAUCGGGGAUGAUGAAUUCGAGCAGAGCUCUCAGAAGAGGGAGUCCGGGGGAGGAGACGAGUUCGAUGAAGAUGAACCAGAUGCAAAGAGAUGGAAAGUGGAAAACGAAAGCGAGGGAGUUUCUGCACCGGGGAGUAGGACGGUAAGAGAACCGAGAGUUGUAGUUCAAACGACGAGUGAUAUUGAUAUUCUCGACGAUGGUUAUAGAUGGAGAAAGUAUGGGCAGAAAGUUGUGAAGGGAAAUCCCAAUCCAAGGAGCUAUUACAAGUGCACGAGCCAAGGUUGUCCGGUGAGGAAACACGUGGAAAGAGCUUCACAUGAUAUCCGGUCGGUGAUAACAACCUAUGAAGGAAAACACAACCAUGAUGUUCCUGCUGCCCGGGGGAGUGGCGGCCACGCCCUCAACCGGGGUGCCAAUCCUAACAACAAUGCGGCUAUGGCCAUGGCCAUUAGGCCUUCGACAAUGUCUCUCCAAUCUAACUAUCCCAUCCCAAUCCCGAGCACGAGGCCAAUCCCGGGAGAAGGCCAAGCGCCUUACGAGAUGUUGCAGGGACCGGGAAGUUUUGGGUACUCGGGAUUUGGGAACCCGAUGAAUGGCUACGCGAACCAAAUCCAGGACAAUGCGUUCUCGAGGGCCAAGGAGGAGCCCAGAGAUGACUUGUUCCUGGAGACAUUACUAGCUUGAUGAUUGAAGCUCAUCUGCUCAUGAACUUUCCUUUUUGUUUACCUUCACCAUUUUUAUUGGUUUUUUUUUUUUUUUUUUUUUUUUUUUUUUUUUUUUUUUUUGGGUUUUGUGUCUGGGGUAAUUGGCAGAAGGUUGAUUCAUUUGUUCAUUUUGCUGUGUAUGAUUUUUGUAUGUAUAGUCACAGGAAAAUCAGUUCUCUAUAGUGCAAGAAGAUGGGUAUAGAAAAUCCCUGAUCUCAACUUCAGGUUAGGAUUGUAAAUCCUCAGUUGAAGAAUGUACCAUUAAGAAAACAUGUUUUUUUUAUUAAUAUAUACUUUAAUUUUUCUUCUGCA